GAGAGAUAUGGGUUUGCAAUCUCUGUUGCUUCACCUCUUCUGGGUAGCAACAACAGUAGAAGCACUAGCAUCACAACCUCCAGUCACAACGAAGCCCGGCUGCCCCGACAAAUGCGGGAAUGUUAGCAUUCCCUACCCGUUUGCCAUCGGCGAUAGCUGCACCAUUCGUGGAGGAGGCUUCAAUAUCUCCUGCAACGCCACUUUUAACCCUCCAAAACCGUUUUGGGGUGAGCUUGAGGUUCUAGACAUAACAUUACUCUCAGGCCUAAUGAGAAUCUUAAACUAUAUAGGCUACCGGUGCUACACCAACACAGGAAAGUUAGACUUCGUCUGGAAGAAUUGGAUGAACUUAGACGAAAGUCAGCCGUUCACGUUCUCAGAAACGCAUAACAAAUUGACAGCCAUCGGCUGCGAUACCAUCGCCUCCAUCACCGGCUUCUGGGGCCGUGAUUUCAAGAGUGGUUGUAUGUCAUUUUGCAAUGACAGAAACAGCGUCAUCAAUGGCUCCUGCUCUGGGAUUGGAUGUUGCCAAACAGCUAUCCCAAAUGCUUUCAAGAGUUUUGAAGUGACUCUUGAUAGUGUUUCUAACCAUAAAAAUGUUUCCAGUUUCAAUCCAUGUAGCUAUGCAUUUCUGGUGGAGAACGAUGCAUUUAGCUUCAAUGAAUCGGAUCUGAUCGGUUUUCACUUCUUGGAUAGAAGUGAAUCCGUUCCAGUGGUGCUUGACUGGGCUAUUUCAAAUGAAACAUGCGAGAUGGCACGGAAGGACUCGGCCAGCUUCGCUUGCGUGAGUGAGAAUAGCACCUGUUAUGAAUCGACUAACGGUUUCCGGUGCAAUUGUUCUGAAGGUUAUGAGGGGAAUCCUUAUCUCAUUGGAGGGUGCCAAGAUAUUGAUGAGUGCAAUGAGAAUGACGUGAAGAAACUUUGUCAACAGAAUUGCAUAAAUUUGCCAGGGAAUUAUUCUUGUUCGUGUUGGAAGGGCUACCAUGGACUCUACGAUGAUCAAAGAGAAUGCAUUAAAGACACACAUAAAUUUCCAGCCGUCGCUGUUGUUUUAGGCAUUGGCUUAAGUCUCUUAGUUAUAUUCACUGGUAGUUCUUCCUCUUAUUGGGUAUGGAGGAAAAGAAAGCUCAUCCAACUCAAAGAGAAAUUCUUUCAACAAAAUGGAGGUUUGCUAUUACAAGAAAAGAUCUCUUCUGGUCAAUCAUCCACUCAGACAUUCAAAAUCUUUACUAUAGAAGAAUUGAAAAAAGCAACCAAUAACUAUGACAAGAGCCAAAUUGUUGGCCAGGGAGGUUCUGGUACAGUUUACAAAGGAAUUUUACCAGACAACAAACUCGUAGCCGUCAAAAAGUCCAAAUUAAUGGAUGAGACCCAAAUCGAGCAAUUUAUAAACGAGGUCCACGUCUUAUCUCAGAUCAACCAUAGGAACAUUGUGAAGCUCUUGGGUUGCUGUUUAGAAGCUGAAGUUCCCAUCCUGGUGUAUGAAUUUAUUUCAAAUGGAACCCUCUCUCAGCAUAUCCAUGGUGAGGGCUAUGAGGGCUAUGCUUCUUCAAUUUCCUUAGAAAACCGUCUAAGGAUAGCUACAGAAGCUGCAGGGGCACUUUACUAUUUACACUCAGCAACUUCCACACCCAUCUUUCACAGAGAUGUCAAGUCUGCCAACAUACUUUUAGACAAUAAUUUCAUGGCAAAAGUGUCUGAUUUCGGAGCUUCAAGAUUAGUUCCGCUAGAUCACACUCGAAUAACGACAUUGGUGAUGGGUACAUGGGGAUACUUAGAUCCAGAGUAUCAUCAAACAGGCCAAUUAACAGGAAAGAGUGAUGUAUAUAGCUUUGGCGUAGUUCUUGUGGAGCUCUUGACAGGCGAGGGGCCCAUUUCUUCCACUAGAUCUCAAGAUAAUAGAAGCCUUUCCAAUUACUUCCUCACAUCUAUGAAAGAGAAUCGGCUCUUUGAAAUUUUAGAGGAACGGGUUCGAAAUGAAGGGGAAGAAGAACAACUCAUGUCAAUUGCUCAGCUUGCUAAGAGAUGCUUGAAACUUAAGGGGGAAGAACGACCUACGAUGAAAGAAGUGGUUGUGGAGCUUGAGGGACUAAGAAGGUUUCAUGAACAUCCUUGGGAACCAAAGAAAAAUGAAGAGAGUGAGAACUUGUUAGGUGAACCUGGACCUUCGCAGGGCUACACAAGCAAUGCAUCCUGCGAAUAUAGUGUUGAUAGCCGCACCCUAUCAGCACUAGAGAUAGGGCGUUGAUUGGCUUGCUUUCCAUUUCAAUAAAGGGGUUGUUUGUUUUUCAAGUAUUUUUGUAAUUUAUUGUAAAUAGAUAAUAAUUACUUAACUGUAUAAUUCGGGCAGGUUGCUUUUUCAAUGCUAAAACCCUGGGGUGAAAAAAUGUGGGGCCCACUGUGAUGUAUGUGGCUAUCCCUACUGUCCAUCCAUUUCUCUAGCAUGAUCUGGAGUUCAAGUGGACCACAUCACACGAAACAAUGGGAAUGUAACGCAUAUGGUUAAAAACUUCUCAGGGCUGCAUAAGUUUUG